UGACGUGCAUUGGGAAGGUUGUGCUUGGUGUCUAGUGCUGUGUUUGCGUGUAUGUUAUCGGCGGUGACAAGACAGUCAAGUCGAUGAUACAUUCCCCAGGACGAUGACGGAACUUCUGAUACCAGCACCUGUCACUCCUCCAAGGGGUGACACGUUCACACGCCGACUGCUUGAAGGGUACAGACCUUCCGUUGUGCCGCGUUACAACAGAUCAGAAGAUAAUUUCUCUACAGAACUGAAACAUAGCAAAAGUGACGAUCUAGUGCUUCAGAGCCCACCUUUGAUACAGGCGGAAAUAAAACAACGAUGUGAUUCUCCGAUACCGAAGACAGCGAGUGUUGUGUAUGAAGAUGAUUUAGUGUCUACGCAUGUUCUUCCGAAAGCGAAGUAUUUCAGUGACAGUGAAGCAGAUGUGGAUUUCCGACCUAGUCCCGCAGAUAGGGCUGCCCGUAAGGCGUCUGUCGAGCUUGCAUCAGAUUUGCAACGGUGUGUCAGUCGACAUGUGGGCCUGUACGACCGUGUUGAUCCCGAAGACAGUAUUCGGGAUAUGAUAACAGAGAACGAUUUUUACAGAUUUGUGUUGUUCAAGAGACAUUACGACAAGUACUUACAUUUGUCUCAAAAGUACGAAGAAGCCAGAAACAUCGCCUACUACUUGGAGGAGAAAUACCACGAGAUAAAGAACUCUUCGCCGUAUGGAGAUACACGAAAGGCGGAGCGAGAUGGACUCAGUGCGGCGCGAAUGGAGCUGGAGCGGAAGCUGGAGUCUCGCGAGCUGGAGCUGCACGAGAAGGAGGAGGAGCUGUUCCUGCAGCUGGAGAGGGUCGUGCGGCUGGAGGAGGACUGCGAGAAGUUGCGGACUGAAAAGGAGAAAUAUGAACAGUGGAAAGACCAGCUGGAGAGGGAGAAGAACGAGGCCUACAGACAGCUGAAGCGGCAGGCGAUGGAGUCGGAGGCGACGCGGCGCGGGCUGGAGCGCGCGCGCCAGGAGGUGGUGCGGCAGGUGACGGCCAUCGCCGCCGAGAAGGACAGCCUCGAGAGGGAGGUGCGUCUAGCCGCCGCUGCGACUGCUCCCAACAGCCAGGCCCAAGCGCUGGGCUCGCCAAAUGAGAAACUCAAGGAGACCCUGAAAGAAGAAAGGAAGGGCGUUGGUCACUAUUUGGUUGAUCUAUCUCAGCAGAAAAAGCGGAUUAGUCAAAAUGUUUGUGGCUUGGAGAAGGAAGUUUCAGAACUUAAAUUCAUUGCCCGGCAGAGUGCAUCACUAAACAACCAAUUUAAGAAGGGGAUGAAGCAUCUGGCCACUUGUAAAAGGAAGAAAUGUUCUGUCUGUGUGUACACCAAGGCGACAUUUGGCGAAUAUGCAGACCGAAAUGACAGGAAGUUGCUGUCGUGCUUCCAAGCGCCGCUGCAGGACCUGCGCAACUGGAUCCGGCCAGUGCCACUGUCUGCAAGCUGCUCGGAGGAUGAGGGUGCGUCGUGCCCACAGCUAUCACGUGAAGGGGCACGGACCAUGGCUGGCAGCAGCCGUAUGCGCACACGCAGUGGUGGCUCUGGUGGUGCCGGCUACUCACUGGGCCUGCCGCUGCCAUCGCCACUGCCCUCCACGCGUUCAGAGUACUCCUUCCGGCGUGCUUACUCACCAGAUGCCGACGCCGAUGAGACGGGCAGCUCACCGUCACCGACACCGUCACUUCCGGCAGAGGCAGACGCGUCUAGACGGGUAGCUGCGGGACUAUCUGAGACAGUGUCAUCGUGUGCGGCCACACCGUGCUCUGAUGUAGCGGGUGUUGCUGGUACCAGCGCCGGCUAUAUCUCUUACAUUGACGAAGCUAGCUCAGAAGACGAAGGUGACGACGACUCUGGCAGUGACUCGGGCCGUGGUUGUGAUGACUUUUUCGACGGCUUCCCACGUGGACGACACUGUUGCUUACACCGCAGCCGCCAACAACACCAUCCACGUCGGCGCUGCUCAGCCUCGGUGCCUGCUGAUGUAUCUUUGACUUCUGCGUCUUCUGCUGACCCCGGUGGUGGCAACGGUGUCAGUGUUGCAGGAGUGGGCAGCUCGGGAGGUGGGGCGAGGGCCUUCUCAUCUGACUCGGGCUUUUCGUCAGAACUAUUUGAGACGAGUGGACACAGUGCAGGAGCACUGUCUGUGGGCCACAGGUCACUCCAUGCUGUGCAUGAUGGCUCCGAUCGUCCUCCCGCCCUGCAUCGCUCCAAGUGGACCUCGUCAUUUCGCAAACUCAUUAAUAAGGUCUCAAAGAGGUAAGAGCCUACUAGCCCACCAUGCAGAAUUUUGCACCUUCCAAUCAGAGGAAUGUAGGUGAAACAGUAAAUUGGUAUCAGAUUGUCAGCAUAUUGAAAUAAUGACGUGCUGGGUGUUUUGGGCAGGGUAUUUGAUGGCUCCAGUGGAAGAUCUAAGAUGCUGGUAACAUACCAGUGUACUCCAUUCUCAUGUCUGCUUUGCCAUCAGUGGUUCAUCCCCAUAAAGAAAUGGUCAGGUGCUAAGUGGAGGCAUCCGUUGAGACACAACAUAAAUUUACCAAUGCAGGCUCUUUACCAGUAGCAAAUUGGAAAAAAGGAUCACAUACUUGCCAAAAUGCCUUGAUUUUUCACUCAGAUGCUGUGUUUUUCAGUGUGGUAUUCUUUCUUCAAUGGCCACUGUGUGAUAAGUAAUAACUACUGCAGUUACAUCCUGCUCCAAUGGAAAGAAAGUUCUUUUCGUCUGUAAAAGAUAGUGUAGACUUUGAAGUACUCUCCCUCGUUUCCUUUCAUGUGGACAGACCUGUAAGGACAUUGACUGUAUGGAUGUGCCUAAUAUUCUUUGCAUGUCUGAUUGCUAAAGUUACACAGUUACAUACAAGAUGAGUCAAAAAGGACUUUAGAACUUUGGAACGAUAUAAAAAUUUAUUGAGAUAACUUACAGAAUUAGUAGAUGUCAUUUUGUAGCAAACAACCUCAAGUUUCAUGUAAAAGUGUCAAGUGUCAUUUUGGUUUGGUGUGGUUACCAUUAGUGAUGUGGCAAAGAUCCCACUGGUAAUCAAUGUCUUCCACACUUGUUGCAGCAGAUCCGGCAUAACUUACACAACUGAAGCGUAAAUUUGAUUUUUCAGACGGGCAAAAUUGUUUGGUGGUGGGGGAACAUAUACACAGUCUUUAAUGAAAUCCCAGAGAAAGACAUCCAGUGGUGUCAAGUGUGGGGAGUGAGUUGGCCAUGCGAUUGGCCCUUCGAGGCCAGUGCACUGACCCGGGAAGCGAUUAUCAAGGAAACGUUGAACUUUCAUGGGGAAAUGAAGUGAUGAACUGUCUUGCUGGGGUAGACCAUCCCAUGUCAUCAUUGAUCUGUGGAACAGCCGUUGCAGAGUUUGUUUCAUGAAACCAAAACACACUAUGAGCACGCUCCAAACCAGUGAAAGUAGCCAUUUUAACUGUAACUUGAGGUUGUUUGCUACAAACUGACUCAUCUACCGAUUCUAUAAGUGAUCUCAAUAAAUUUCUAUAUCAUUCCAAAGUUGUUAAGUCCUUUUUGACUCAACCCUGUACUGACUGUCACAGUGCAUAAUUGGUUCAGUGGUAGUUAUUUUGCCUGCAGAAUCAGUUUUUUCGAAUGAAUCGGGUAUGUACUUUUGAGAGUGUGAACACCGACUCAUUAUUAAUACGACAGGUAUUUCUUAGUAUGAUUGGGCAAGAGUUUGAUUUGCAGUAGCAGAGUAUUUAAUGUUGAUUGGAGAGUUUGUUGUUCUCCAAUACAUGAAUUUGUGCGAAGCCCCCUAAUUAGAAGAAAAAAGAUUCCUUAGAGACGCCUAUCUGCGAAUCCAGGUUGGAAUAGGAUUGUACUGUCGUGGUUUUGGGGUUUGUUAUUUGAGCAUUGUUAUUUGAGUAUUAUGCAUAAUCAUUUUCUCAGUGUGUGAUGAGAAAGUGUGACAUUUUGUCAGUCCCUAUAAGCUAGUGUUCCAUAGAGCUGGUUAAGUGAAGUUUUACUCCUUUGUGUGUACAGCAGACAAUUGGCGUUGUCUGCUUCUAGUCUGGUGGAUUUUAUAAAAAUAUUUUGUCCCAAAGUGUAUUACUGAAAUAUGAGGUUUACAGUUUACUGGCACUGUCAUAUUCAGGCCCAAUGUCCUUGCAGGUCUGUUUGCAAAUAAGUGAACGAGUAUCAUGAUCUUUUAUGAGAGCAAAGACUGUGUUAAUUCCAUGAAAAAAUUUUCAUGUUACACAGAAAAGACUACCUGAGUUUGUUCACUCUAAUUUUUAAGACACUCUCUCCACCAGCAAUUUAAAGUUUGCUCAGUAGCAGAAUGCAUUUUUAAGUUUGACAUGCCUAAUAUUUGCAGUCUCUCUGUUUAUUAAAUAAAUAAUUUUCCUUUUAUAUGAUUCAGAUGUCAGGAUCUCUUUCAUUCCUAUUUUGAUGUUGUCCCUGUUUUGGAAACAAAAGAUAAUUUUACUCUGUUAUUUGAAAUUUUCCUCUGUUUUUUAAAAGUGUGAUCCGCUAUGUUGUUUUAUUUAAUAAUCAUAUCUGUUCAUUGCUAUAAGUGAAAGAGAAACAUUUUUCCAUGAAGCAAAUACGGACACUAAAGGCAGUUCCUUUUGUGAAAUAAGUGUAUUAUUACAGCUGGAAUAAAGGCUGUUUAAAUGUUUCUAGGUAUUUGUGUAGGCUCUGCUUUUUCUUUGCAGUAGUUUUUGUUAUCAACAGUAUUAAUCAUUAUUAUGAUUAGUGAUAAAAUGAAUAGUACUUAAUUGAUACUGUAGAACUGACUAUAAUUGUACUUAAUUAGUUUCAGCCUUAAAGUUUCCAGACUUCUAGGAUAUAAUUCUGACCAUUAACAAAAUAUGACAAAUUUGAGCACAAUUUCACCUUGUAUUAACACAUCAUAGUAUUACGUCCAGUUUUUUUGUCUUGUGAAAGACGAGAGAUUUUGUUAACUUGUGCUGUGUUUCCAAGUGUUCACUAAAAGUUUUGUAAUAUUGAUUGUCUUGGGAUACAUUGAUUAAUAGUUGACCUUACCAACCCACAACUGUACAAAAAAUUGGAAAGGCCAUUCUGACUAAAUGCAAAGAUUGUGCCUAAAUCAAUAGCAUCAUGAAAAAUUAAAACUGAAUUUGGAAAUUUAGAAAUAAUUGACCUUAGGAAUUGGAGCAGAUGGUUUUCACUCAGCACUUCUCAUACCUUAUGCCAUUUGUGAUAGUCUCAAAUGCCUUCAUCUUUUAAAUUUUGCAGUUUUGAAUUGGUUGAUUUUUCCACUUGAGGGAGAAUUUAAUGUGUAAUGUGUUGUUUGGAUAAUGCAUAAAUAUUUGCAAGAGGCUUGGUAGGACUGUUGUUCGUUACUGUUCCAAAAUUUUUAGAAUUACUGAUCAGUUUCUUGCUGAAUAAAAGAGAGUGCUGAGUCUACUUUUAAUAACAGUUGUGGCCUGUUAUUAAGAUUAAUAUUUAAAACUUAGUAAGAUAUAGUUUCAUAGUUUUUGCAACAAUGUUCUUAGGUUAAUUGUUGGUUAUAAAUAUUUUAUUGUAAAUGAAAACAGAGUAAGAUUUCAAAAUAUUAAACAACAGUUACUAUAAAGAAACAUACAAAACUUAUACACUACUAUUUAUUACUGGAACUGUAUUUAUUAUUAUUAUUUUUAGAUUGUUUAAAUUUGUCAGAAGGUAUGUUGUUUUAGUAUAAACUGGUUAUUUGUUGGACUCCUGAGCAUAUCAUUUCGUGGAUGGUUUCACUUUUCCUCAGGUAUGCAGACUGAUUAUUGAUAUAGAAAACAAUAAGUGGUCUCCACAAUCAAAGUUUGCACAUUUAGUGCAGAAAAACCUGAAGGAAGAUUAUUUACUUCUUGCCAUUCCAUAACAGUGAACAGUUUAUUUCACAGUAUUAUAAGAAGCAGCCUAAGAAUGAUAAAAUUCUAUUAAGGGUAUUACAGUUUUAAAUAUGGGGAAUUGUUAUCUACUUUUUUAUACUUCGAUUUCUGUUGCAGGAGGCAUCAAAUAUUAAUAGUAUUAGUAUUAGGAAUGUUCAUAUAAUGAAUGUUACUCAGUAAAGUGUCCUUAGUGAAUUGUUGCGGUUGAAACUGUGUAUUUUUUGUAUGUAAUUAUAGUGUGGAGGGAAAACAUAGAUACGUAAUACUUAAUGGGUUAUAGAUUUUUUGUAACUUAUCAGAUAAGGUGUAAAAAGAAUUAGGAGAAUGAAUACAUGUGUACAAGACUGCUAAGUAGCAGUUAAACACAUAUUGAUUUUUGUUUUCCAUGAUAAAACAUUGUGCUCAUUCUGGUUACUGGAAUGAAAGUUUUUUUAAGUGACAUGUAUAUAUACCAUUACUGUAUCUGAUUUGUGAACAAGUAAAGAAAGAUGCUGGAUAUGAUUUAAGACAGGCUCAUUUCCUAAUGAUCAACUUUGUCAUUAUGGAUAAUGAUCAUAGUACUGAGAGGGCACUUUAUUAAGUUUAUGAUUUGUUUUCUUAUUCAUUGCAUCACUGUGCACGUGGAAUAAAGACAUUGCACAACUCUCUCCCAACAAAAUAAAUAGUAGCAAUUUUUUAAAGGCAAGUCAGCACAAUAUCGAAUGAUUCCAAGAUCAUAAGCUUCUGGUAGGAUAUGCAUCAAAAUACACAAAACACCUGUCUGGGUAAGUGUGUAUUCCACAUUGAAAUAUGUGGAUCUAUUUAAUAGAAGACUGUGAUGCAAAGUGAACACAACAGAACACCAGCUUAUGUCUCACCUUACAAACUUUCAGAAAUCAAAAGAGAAGACCGAUUAAAAGUGACACACACACACACACACACACACACACACACACACACACACAUAAUUACUGAAAAUAUAAAUUCAGUACUCUUCAAGCACUUGUUAAUAUGCUUUGCUGUUAGCAAGUGACUGAAUCUUGUUCUUACAGAAAUUUAUGAUACUCAACACCUUACUUACCCCACAACCUAAUAUACAACUCGUUUAAAAUGUUCAGUGAAAUGUGACAAAAUCCACUGUAUUAAUAACUCUGUGAAGCAAAAGAAAUUUAAAAUAUAAUUUUACUGCAUUUCUUUAUUUAAUGCAAGGAUAGGAUUUAUAAGUGGACAUUAACAGCAACAUACAUCAUUACAGCAUAAAGUUGGCAAACAGUUACAAACACUUUAGGUAACCGGAAGCACACAUGGCAACAGAAAUUAUUCAUAAGCACCAAAUGCAUAUCUGUAUUCAGAAUGACACUCGGUUUGUCUUUUUAACAGUGCAAGUGUAUUGUGUACUUUUUUUAUGGUGAGAAAGCCAAUUGAAUUGUAGGCAAAAAAUUGUAUGUCACGAGAAUGAUAUUAAGUGUAUCAAUGUUGUGUGCAGAAUCCUUAAAAAGUGAGUAAAAUGUAACUGUCCUUUCUUUAUUCCACGUAACAGAGAUUACAUAUCAUCUCUGAUGUCUCAACAGGUUGAGACUUUCAGAGUAUCUUGUAACAACAUAUUUCUUUCUAUAACCGACUUUUCUUUGUUCCAGUAUUCUAAUGAACACAGCACUGAAGACUAUAACAUCUUAAAAAUCAUUUGAUACAUGUCAUAUAAACAUCCGACAUUUAUCAUUUAAAUUUUCAUACCAUUUAAUACGUUGCCUGUCUGUCACAUGUGAAAGUAAACUGUGGAUGCAUGUAAUUGUUCAGAGGACCGUAUUUUCUUAUCAGUGCCUUUUGGUUGUCACUGGGAGUCAAUUAACUUGUUUUGGACUUUUAAGCUGUAUGUCUACAGUACCCAUUAUGCAGAGCCUGCUUUAAUUCUGGAUUUGUUUUGGACAAAACAGCUUUGUGUUAAAAGUAUCAGCCAGGUAACUGAGAAAAUCUCAAACUUGUGUAACAAAACUAAAUGAAUUAAACACUACUUUCAUACAACAAGGUUAAUUUCGCAGAGGUAUCAUGCUGUAUUACUACUCACUCUCGUCACAAAUAAAUUACAUGAUGCUCUUUAUGCUCUUAUAUGUUGCUCUGUUAUGCAGACGUGCUUCCAAAUUCUUGCACCAAAGCAUUGUAUAAUAUUGUUUUGUUUGUAAGAUGUGUUUAUGCUUUUCUAAUUUUUCAAUAUUAUUUUAACUUUGUCGUGUCCGUCCCUUUCUACACAAAAGUCAAAAUUAGUCGCUUAAUUUCAGAUAUUAUUAUUUUUUAUCUCUGCAACUAUAAUAAAGUCCGUAAUGGGUAAAAGUGAGUAAGCAAACUUAAUUUAUGAGUUAUUUGCCUUACAAUUCACAGAUCAAAAUGAUGUAUGAAGAGGUUACUAGACUGAUGGCAAUUUUAACAUGAGGCAUCUGUGAGAUCUACGUUUGGUGGUAAAAAUUAACAUUGCAUUCUCAGGAGGCAAAUGAUGUAUAUCUUUAUUUUAUUGUUUUAUUUUCAAGUACAAGAUUAUUUUUGUCUGUCUGAGUUAUAUCAUUUUUUUAUUGUAUUGACAAAUGAAAAUACAUGGAAAAUAAGCAUUUA